GCAUUGAUGUUUUUACGUUUCUCUAAUUAUUUUCUAAUCUAUGACGCGCAAGCCUGAUUGAGCGAGAUUUUUGCAGUCGGUACUGCAGCGCUCCUUCUUCGGUUGUUUGUUUAUUUUCUAUCAUAUAUAUAUAUUAUUAUUGUCUCGGAGAGACGAAUAAAAAUUAGAAAUACAUCCUGAUUGAAUCUGCGGGGUUGGAUGAAAAAAAAGAACUGACAGGAAGAAUUAGUUUAUAUAGUCGAAAGAAAGAAAAAAAUGUAGAUUAUGAAUUAUUAAGUAUGGCCCAUAUUAAUCACGAUCAAGGAAUGGAGCAUGUGGACUUUUUAACAAAAUUUCACAAUAUUUCGAAUAAAUUGAAGAAACGUUUCCUGAGGAAGCCAAACGUCUCGGAGGCAUGCGAUCAAUUUAGUGCUUUAGCCACUGAAUGCGAACAGAAAGAAUUGUGGCAAUAUGCAGGUUUGUGUUGGUUGGCGGCUGCCAGAUGUCAAGGUACAUUAGAAAAUGCCUCUUCUGAAAUAAAUCUUCUGAUAAAAGCGGGACGGCAAUUCCUUGUAGCUGAGAAAAAAGACAACGAUAUAGGGUGUCCCUCUAUAGGACAAGAAAAUAUACAGGCAGCUGUGAGUUGUUUCGGUCACUCUAUGGCAAGAUGCAGCAACCAACCAGGAUUCAAUACAAUUUCUGCAGGUCUAUCAGUGGAACUAGCAUUAGCAUUGGGCCCAGGUCCUGCUGGUAUUCAACAGUUGCGGAAAGCAAUUGAUAUAUUUCCCACAUCAAAAGCUAUCAAUACUUUAGUGUCUUUUCAUAUAAACCAAGGAGAUUAUGUAGCUGCACUACAGAUUCUUAACGAAUAUGUAGAAUUUGCGGAAGCUUGCGUUGUGGCAGGUGCCAGAGGAAAUUACAAUGCUAUUUUACAUAGGUGCGAGGUGACGCGAGUACUUUUACUACUCAUUCUUCAGCCAUCGCCGCAAAGACUAACACCCUCCCUCGCCCAAGUUCUCGAAAAAUAUGCAUGGGCCGAAGAGAAUGUAAAUAAUAAUCUCAAUAUGAGCGAGGAUGAACUAUUGUUGCUGCAAUCCCUGGUAUUAGCCUGCCAGUCUCACGAUCAUCAAGCAGUAUUGGAACUCGAGAGCGAAUUGUAUCCUUACUUUGACACGGAGCAAAAGGAAUUGUUACAUAAAUUGAUCCAAGUACUAUCGACGCAGUAAAUAUAUACUAAAAAAUGAAACGA